CCUUUUUUUUUGGUGUUCCCUUAUAAUUUAUCUGGCGUUUUUGUUUUGUCUUCCCUUAUAUUUAUCAGGCAGCCAUUACAGAGCUCGGAAGAAUCCGAAAUGGCUCGACUCAUUAGAAACAAACAAGUAAUUCCCACCAAUCUCCUGACUCGCUUCCUUAACUUACCGAGUUCCCUCCUGACUCAUCACCACACCACCUCAAAAAGAUCACUUCAAACCCUAGCUUACGAAGAAAUCCAAGCCAAUCCAAACAAACCCUACACUCACACAGCUUUGAUCCUCCAUGGCCUCCUCGGUUCAGCCCGCAACUGGCGUUCUUUUUCCCGCAACCUCGCCUCCUCUCUCUCCACCUCCUCUUGUUUAGUGUGGAGGAUGGUGCUGGUGGAUUUGAGGAAUCAUGGGAAGUCAACGGAGACAGAAGGGCUGGAUCCGCCGCAUGAUAUGGUAAAUGCAGCUAAAGAUUUGGGUAAUUUGGUUAAUUCCAAAGGCUGGGAUUGGCCGGAUGUUGUCAUUGGCCACUCCAUGGGUGGCAAAGUUGCAUUGCAAUAUGCCCGGAGUUGUGCCAACAGAGAUUAUGGUGAAAAUAUCAAACUUCCCAAACAGAUUUGGGUACUCGAUUCUGUCCCUGGAGAAGUAACUUCUGAAAACAGUGAUGGUGAAGUGGAAAAAGUUUUGCAGACCUUGCAAAGUUUACCUUCAAUGGUGCCAUCUCGGAAGUGGCUUGUUAACCAUAUGCUUGAACUUGGGUUCUCUAAGUCAUUGUCGGAGUGGAUAGGCACCAACCUCAAGAAAUCUGGAGAAGGAGAAACAUGGGCUUUUGAUCUUGAAGGUGCUGUCCAGAUGUUUCAGUCCUACAGGGAGAUGUCGUAUUGGUCUUUGUUGGAGCACCCUCCAAAAGGACUCGAGAUAGCAAUUGUUCGUGCAGAGAAAAGUGACCGAUGGGAUGCAGAUGUGAUUAAUCGGCUUGAAAAGCUUGCUAGUCAGGAAGGAAAUGGAUAUGCAGGCAAGAUUUCAGUUCAUGUUCUUCCGAAUUCAGGCCAUUGGGUUCAUGUGGACAAUCCCAAGGGCCUUCUUGAGAUUGUGGCACCCAGGCUGAAGUCUCUAAUGUCUUAAUGUAAUUUCAAGAGGCUUUUAUGGCUUACUCAAAUACAGGUUUGAACCUAUAGUGCUUUAGGAUUCAUAAAUUACUCUUAAAUUUAGUCAUUAGGUGCUGGGCUGACUUUAUUUGGGGGGGAAAUAUUUGAAACUAUGAAUUUUCCUACAAUUGCAAUAAGCUUGGUGGCAAAACCAGAUCUAUUAUUGUUGUUUCAUUUGGCAUUCUUGAAAGCAACUGCUAUAUCUGCUUAAUAUCAUCAGAUUGUAUAGUUGUGGAUUGUUUAGUCAUUCAUUUUGAAAUCCUGGAUUGACUUUGCUGCUUUGAAGUGGUUUUAUCAAGAAA